ACAAAAUAGCGGAAUCAUCUCUUAGCGAGUCGGUGUGAUUUUUCCUGAUUUAAAACCAAAUAAAAAUGACUACUGACGUUGCCCGCGAAUUCGAAGCUCCUGGAUUUAGUUUUGAAAACUGCCGCCGGAAUGCCCAGCUCGUCAAGAAUGGCUUUGUGCCACCGAAAAUGAUUAAGACAGGCACCACUAUCUGUGGCAUCAUCUACAAGGAUGGCGUUAUCCUAGGAGCCGACACGCGAGCCACCGAGGGACCGAUCGUGGCCGAUAAAAACUGCGAGAAGAUCCACUACUUGGCGAAAAAUAUGUACUGCUGCGGUGCCGGUACUGCGGCAGAUACGGAGAUGACCACACAGAUGAUCUCCUCCAAUCUGGAGCUGCACCGGUUGAAUACGGGCCGUACCGUGCCGGUGGUGGUGGCCAACACUAUGCUCAAGCAGUUUUUGUUCCGUUACCAAGGCUACGUUAGCGCUGCUCUCGUGCUCGGAGGAGUGGACAGCACUGGCUCGUACAUCUACUGUAUCUACCCGCACGGUUCAACCGACAAGUUACCGUACGCGACUAUGGGUUCGGGAAGUUUGGCCGCGAUGUCCGUGUUUGAAUCGCGUUGGAAGCCGGAUAUGUCAGAGGAGGAUGGCAAAAAGUUGGUGCGGGAUGCAAUUGCGGCCGGUGUAUUCAACGACCUGGGGUCCGGCUCGAACAUCGAUUUGUGUGUAAUCCGUAAGGACACGACUGACUACUUGCGGACGUACGAAGAAGCUAACAAAAAGGGCACCCGCAGUCUAGCCUAUGACUUCAAGCCUGGCACUACGGCAGUGCUGCAGAGCAAGAGUUUCAAGGUGGACAUCACGGAUACGGUUGUCCGCCAACUAGUACCCGAAGGCGCGGAAAGUAUGGACACGGCUUAGGUUCAUUCUCAUGAUGAAGGGAUUAUGUUCAUUUCCAACCUAACUUUGUACUGCUAUAAUUUUGAGAAUAAAUUGCUGUAAGCAA